GUGUGUGUGUGUGUGUGAUGCGGGGGGAGAGGGAAAGGGAGAGGGCGAAGGGAAGAACAUCCCUGUAGGAGGCAGCUCCCUUUCAGAUAGGAAUCUGGGACAGAUUUUGCCAGCAGCCACAAAGCAUGGCCCUUUGGUAAUAGAAUAGCCAAUGUAAUUUGACACUUCAACUUGCUGUGCUCUCUGCUAGUUGAUUCACUUACUCACCCACUAACAUUGAGCUCCUUUUCACUGUCUGUGGGCAAGGGGAAAAAAAAAAGGGGGGGGGGAAGGAAGAAAAAAGAAAGCGGGGGGAGAAGGAAGAAAGGAAGGGAAUAAACAAAAUUAUAUAUUUAAAAAUACCCAAGUAGAGCUGCAAAUCAGUUGGGGAGAGAGGAUUUUGCCUGCCUUCUUCCUUAUUAUUUUGCUGCUGCAAGGCUGCUUUGCAAUCCGUAGGAAAUACUGUUGUGCUGAGGAAGAAAACGACUCCCUCUUCUUUUUUUUUUUUCUUUUUUUUUUUUUCCCCCCCUCUUCCCUCCCCUCCUUUCUUCUUGCCUGAAUUAGAAGCUCCAGGAAUGUGCUAAUUGGCGGCGGCCUCUUCAGAAAGGAAAAUGGAUCUUGUUAUGUGAGGGUGUUGAGGAAACAGUCCCCAGCUACCGAGAGGAAGAAAGGCCAGUAGGAAAUAUUCAGAUCGAGGGAUUUUAAUGGCUUUCAGGUAGAAGAAAGUGGAGACAAUCAAAAUGAAUUCUAUGGACAGGCACAUACAGCAGACCAAUGACCGGCUGCAGUGCAUAAAACAGCACUUACAGAACCCGGCAAACUUCCAUAAUGCAGCAACAGAGCUCCUGGACUGGUGUGGAGACCCCAGAGCCUUCCAGAGGCCGUUUGAGCAGAGCCUGAUGGGUUGUUUGACGGUGGUUAGUCGAGUGGCAGCUCAGCAAGGAUUUGACUUGGACCUUGGAUACAGGCUACUGGCAGUAUGUGCAGCCAACAGGGACAAAUUCACUCCAAAAUCAGCUGCACUGCUUUCAUCCUGGUGUGAGGAACUGGGACGGCUCUUGCUGCUUCGCCACCAGAAAAGCCGGCAGAACGAUCCUCCAGGGAAGCUACCCAUGCAACCCCCCAUGAACUCUAUGAGCUCCAUGAAACCCACCCUCUCUCAUAGUGAUGGGUCUUUCCCUUAUGAUUCUGUUCCCUGGCAACAAAAUACCAACCAGCCUCCAGGCUCUUUAUCAGUGGUCACCACAGUAUGGGGUGUGACUAACACCUCUCAAAGCCAGGUGCUGGGAAAUCCAAUGGCAAAUGCUAACAACCCUAUGAACCCAGCAGGAAAUCCCAUGGCUUCUGGGAUGACAACCAGCAACCCUGGAAUCAACUCCCCUCAGUUUGCUGGACAGCAGCAACAGUUUUCAGCCAAGGCAGGCUCCACUCAGCCAUACAUACAGCAGGGCAUGUAUGGGCGACCCAAUUAUCCUGGGAGUGGAGGCUUUGGUGGCAGUUACCCUGGAGGCCCAAAUACCCCUGCAGGAAUGGGGAUCCCCCCCCACACGAGGCCACCAGCUGAUUUCACCCAGCCAGCUGCAGCUGCUGCCGCUGCUGCAGUUGCAGCUGCAGCUGCUACAGCGACAGCUACAGCUACGGCCACUGUGGCAGCCCUUCAGGAAACACAGAAUAAGGACAUGAACCAGUAUGGACCGGUUUGUUCCUCUUUCCAGAUGGGUCCAACUCAGGCUUACAACAACCAGUUUAUGAACCAGCCUGGUCCUCGUGGUCCUGCUUCUAUGCCAGGCAACAUGAACCCAGCAAGCAUGGGAGCUGGAAUGACACCUUCCAGCAUGAGCGGGCCACCCAUGGGCAUGAACCAGCCUCGGCCUCCUGGAAUGAGUCCCUUCAGCACCCAUGGGCAGAGGAUGCCUCAGCAAGCCUACCCAGGCCCUCGCCCCCAGUCUUUGCCUAUACAGGGCAUAAAGAGACCGUACCCAGGAGAGCCGAAUUAUGGAAACCAGCAAUAUGGACCAAAUAGCCAGUUUCCAAACCAGCCUGGUCAGUACCCCACUCCCAACCCUCCAAGACCCCUUACAUCUCCCAACUAUCCUGGACAGAGGAUGCCAAGCCAGCAAAACACAGGGCAGUACCCUCCUCCAACAGUCAACAUGGGGCAGUAUUACAAGCCAUCAAGGCCUGUACCUGUGGCAAAUUACCCUCAUUCACCUGUUCCAGGAAACCCCACACCACCUAUGACACCAGGGAGCAAUAUUCCUCCAUACCUGUCACCUAACCAGGAUGUCAAACCGCCAUUCCCACCUGAUAUUAAACCAAAUAUCAAUGCUUUACCACCGCCUCCAACCAACCACAACGAUGAGCUGCGUCUGACGUUUCCCGUGAGAGAUGGGGUCGUCCUGGAGCCCUUCCGGCUGGAACACAACCUGGCAGUCAGUAACCAUGUCUUUCACUUACGGCCAACUGUCCAUCAGACGCUGAUGUGGAGGUCUGACUUGGAGUUGCAGUUCAAGUGCUAUCACCAUGAAGACAGACAAAUGAACACAAACUGGCCAGCUUCAGUCCAGGUCAGCGUUAAUGCAACCCCACUUACCAUCGAACGUGGUGACAACAAGACAUCUCAUAAACCUCUGCACCUAAAGCACGUCUGCCAGCCAGGAAGAAACACGAUUCAAAUUACAGUCACAGCAUGUUGUUGCUCACACUUGUUCGUGUUGCAGUUGGUACACCGGCCAUCAGUUCGCUCUGUACUUCAAGGUCUACUAAAGAAACGCCUCCUCCCAGCAGAACAUUGUAUCACCAAGAUAAAGAGGAACUUCAGUAGCGUGGCAGCUUCCUCUGGCAACGCAACACUAAACGGGGAAGAUGGAGUGGAGCAAACUGCUAUUAAAGUGUCUUUGAAGUGUCCGAUCACAUUCCGGCGGAUUCAGCUCCCAGCAAGGGGUCACGAUUGCAAGCAUGUACAAUGCUUUGAUCUGGAAUCUUACUUGCAACUGAACUGUGAAAGAGGAACUUGGAGGUGUCCAGUAUGCAAUAAAACUGCUCUUCUGGAGGGCUUGGAGGUUGACCAGUAUAUGUGGGGUAUUCUGAACGCUAUACAAAACUCCGAGUUUGAAGAAGUUACCAUUGAUCCAACUUGCAGUUGGAGGCCGGUCCCUAUAAAGUCAGAUAUUCACAUCAAAGAUGACCCAGAUGGCAUUCCCUCAAAAAGAUUUAAGACCAUGAGUCCAAGCCAGAUGAUCAUGCCAAAUGUAAUGGAGAUGAUUGCAGCUUUGGGUCCUGGCCCAUCACCUUACCCAUCCUUACCCCCUCCUCCAGGAGGCAACAACUCCACUGAAUAUGGUAACCAAGGCAACAGUUACCAAGGUCAUGGCAAUUUUGACUUCCCACACGGGAAUCCUGGUGGCACAUCUAUGAAUGACUUCAUGCAUGGGCCACAGCUGUCGCAUCCCCCCGACAUGCCAAGCAGCAUGGCAGCUCUCGACAAGCCUCUCAGUCACCCCAUGCAGGAAUCUAUCCCUCAUCCCGGCAGCACUGAUCAGUCCCAUACUUCCAUGCAGCAAGGUUUGCACGUCCCUCACCCCAGCAGCCAGUCAGGGCAGCCAUUACAUCACAGCGGGCCUCCUACCCAGCAGUCCCGGCAGCCACCCCCGGCCGCUUCUAGCAACCAUCCACACAGUGACCUGACCUUUAAUCCCUCCUCAGCCUUAGAGGGUCAGGCUGGUGGACAGGGAGCACCUGACAUGCCGGAGCCCUCGCUGGAUCUGCUUCCAGAACUCACAAAUCCAGAUGAGCUGCUUUCGUACCUGGAUCCUCCUGAUUUGCCAAGCAAUAGCAAUGAUGACCUUCUGUCUCUCUUUGAGAACAACUGAAACCAUAUGUAUUCUCCCAUCCCUUUCACUUGUUCACACGUGUGUGGCUGCACAGCAAGGAAUCUUAGCACUCCUUUUCCACAAGAGAAGAAAAAAAAAAACUCACAACUUGAUCCAAUGGUGCACUCCCUGCUUUCUUCAUCUCAGAACUGCUUUUGUUAGCUUCAAAGACUGCGAAAGUGACGGGAGAAAAUAAUACAAAAAUUAAAUAAAUGCAGUAAUCUCCGAGUCUGCCAUGCUACAUGUGACAAAGAAGCAUAGACAGUUGUGCAGCUAUUGGAAACCCCAUUUGGUGUUCAUCCUUGAGAGAGAGAGUUAUGUGAUAAACAUAGUGUGAAGUAUCUUGGCAAAACCGAAUCUUGGCAAGGGAAGAAAAGGCAACAAAAUGGAACUGUCUUUAAUUGACCAGUCUCAGAGUGUCCUUACAAUGCUUUGUUCUUCCAUUUUUUUGAAACUGUAUCUCCUUCUACCCCACCUCUCCUCUGCCCCCCUCCAGCCACAGGUUUGCGUUGGAGUGAUUGUCCUGGCCACACACAAAAAGAAAAAAAAAACACAUGUAAAGCUCAAAAAAGCACAAAUCCUACAGUCAAGUGGCAAAGAUAGGGAAGACAUACAGGCCUGUUAGAGGGACCCAGCAGUUUAGUUAAUGCAACUUCAGUAGCAGAGUCCUGAGAAUCUCCAGGCUGCAGCUGUGGGUGUCGGUAUUUCUGCAAGCGCAGGGAUCUUAACAACCUCUUUGCAGAGGAUUCCUCUGGCCAAGCACACAUAUUGGAAACACCCAGGAAAAAUUAAAAAAAAAGAGUUUGCAAUGUGUAGGGAUUUUUUUGUGGUUUUGGUUUCAAAUCAGUACCGUUUCUGGCUGCAUUAACAUCCAGCUGUAGAGAUUGCUGUAACAGAUCUUUUUGCCAUGUAUGCCAUCUGUAAUGGAAAAGAGAGGGAGGGGGGAUGCAAACCAAACUGUUCCUGAUUAUUACCUACAGCCUUCAGUGCCCCGAGAGUUUGUGUCACUGUCUGUACUGCACAAUGCAUAGUAAGACAAGCUGGGUUGAAGGCAGCGAGGAAAUCAUUGCAGGAUGGAGGGAGAGUAAUAUCACCUAUCUGCAUAAUUAUUUUUAAUAAUCAGCUUGAGAAGGGGCAUUGACAUUGGACAGACAUUUUGCAGCUUUAUUUUUGUUUUGCUUUGUGUUCUGUUUUUGUGACUGUUACAGAUACUUCAGCCUUUUCCUUUUCUCCUCCUUCAGUUUCUUUUUUUAAACUUUGGCUGCUGGAAUGAGCUCUUUCUCCUGAAGGACCGGGAGUGGGGAGAAUAAGUAACUGUUCAGUAGGUUGCUACUGCCCUCAAGAGACCCUGCUGCCACAAUCACUGUCUUGCCCCUGUGAUCUGUGCUUCUCGUGUGGUUGCUGCUCCUGCAUGAGCUUCAUAUUGCUUCUGUGCCCAUUUCUGUGCUCUUUGUCUCUCUCUCUCUUUCUCUCUCUUAUAAAUGAUGUACAGUAGCUGUGUAAGAAGUGCAUGUGUGCCAACUUUGCCCUCGUGGUGCAACAUUUCAGCUUUUACCCACUGUACAGUUAUUGGUUUUGUUUCUUUUUGUUACUAAAGCAAAUUUGACCCUGCUCCUUUUCCUCUUCCCAAAUCCAAUCAAACACCUUUCGUUUGCUCGCCACGUUUUAAACUGAAGUGCCAGGCAAAAUUUUGUUUGUUCCUGUCAGUUUGACUAGAUAGCUUCCUAGCCCUCUGUGUUUAGUUUGCAACGCUGUAAAUGGCAUGCUCUGUGCUUACGACUCUGGAUUUGCUUUCCUCACCAAAGUCACAUUUGUAAAUUCUUUGUGGUUUUUGUUUUAUUUUGCUCUUUUUGUUAACGUUUCCCACUACUGCUGUACAUGCGUCGUGAUAUAUAUAUGCUAGUCAGCAGCACCUUGCUGUAGAUAUUAAAGGAAAUGGCGGUUUAGUUCUUUUAUUUUCCAGUAGGAGUAUUGAAUCUGUCAAACGUAUUAUGUAGAGAUGGUCCCACACUUAUAUUUUUCCUCUUUCAAGUUUUUUUAAGAAAAGCGCUGUUCAUUAUGCAAAAUCAAUUAUUUUAAGAAUUGCUAUUGUAAAUAUCUUUGUGAAUAUUUUAGUAUCGUCUUUGAUAAUAUUCAACAUUUUCAUGAUCUGGUUAUACUUUUGCUGGUGUUUUUAAAUACCUUGUCUGAAGAAAAAAUAUGGGUCCUUUUUUAAAACAGAAAAUUGAGGGUUCUUUAACAGAAUAAGGGAGUUGGGUUUUUGUUUGGUUUUUUUUGCCCCCCCCCCCGUUUUCUUUUUAUAAGUUAGCCCAAAUUUCAUAUCCAUUUAUGUGUGAACAAAUUGAUAAAUCAGGCAGUACCUGGAUAGUCAGGGCCCAGCUCUGUCGUGGAAACAUAAUAAUAAGUGAUUGCCUUGGGAAAAAGAAAGCCCAUCUAACUGACCGGUGUUCAUUGGCUGUGGGUGAUCGUGAGCUGGUAAUGGCAGAGGUUUUGUUUGUUUGCCCAAGUGAGCAAAACGCCGUGGACCAGCUGUCUGACCAGGUAAAGAUGCACUAAGGCAAGCAGCACAUCUGUAAGGUACCAUAUUUAUGUCACUGUACUGGUUCUUUGGUCUCUGAAACUGGGGCACAGUAACACUUUGGGAUGUUGGUGGGUGGGGGAGGGAAACAGUAUAGUAUAUUUUAUUCUGCUUAGAAGUGUCUUUUUUCUUAUGUAGGCUUGACAACCUGUAGAGGAUCUCUGCAGAAUAUUAAAGAUACCUUGGUGUAAUACAUGGUAAUAUGGUCGUGGUGUGGUCCUGCUAUCACACAAUUCCUAGGAAAGAUCGUUCUUCAGUUGCGGAUACAGAUGUGUUUUGUAGCCAUUUUACUGUAGUAGUUUCCCCCUGUUUUUUCCUGCAUUUUUUAUAUAGGUAUUGAGGUCAUUUGCAGGGGUGGCUGAUGAUAAACUGACUUUGUGCCCUUAGAGUUUGGGGUUUUUUGUUUGGGGGGUAAGUUUCUUAAGCCAUAGGUUUGGGAAUAAAGAUUUCUCACUGUUAGUUGGAACUGGUUGCUCAGAUUUUUUUAAUUGAUUCUGUUUAAUGUUCCAUUCUCCACUGAUUCCUGAGCAGCUAAGUUAGUCACCUGAAAUGAAUUUUCUCUUAAACACAACAUUAGUAUUUUAAACCAGGUAUGUUAAGGAUUGAUCUUUUGCUAACUGGUAGUAUUUAAAAUGUAUCAUUUAAAAGUACCUGUUGGAAAGCGUAAAGGGAAAAAAACCCCCCAUAGAUAUUAGCAAUAUGUUUGGAGCAGCGUUGGCAUCUGCUUUGUACAGUAAUAGAUAAUUAAAGCGGACAGUUGACAUUUUUAACUUACAGAAACGUUUGGUUUCUAAGCAGAACUUAAGAGAGAAAAUACAAUUUUUACCCAUCACCCAAAUGUUGGACAUUUGAGACAGUUUUAAAACUUGUCUGUCAGCUAAAAUCAGGUACUGUAUAGUCAGUAUGAAAAAGCUUCUAAAUGAAAAUUUAGUUAUUUUUUUAUCUGUUCACUGCCAUGUUAAAGUUUAGAGAAAAAAACCUAGCAAAUAGGGUAAUCACAGUCAUUUCUUUUAAAGCUUAAUUAUUAUAUGAGAUUCCAGUAGUAUUUUUAUUCUUCUUUUUUUGUUUGUUUACUUUUUAAUCGUUUCCCUAUGGAAGUUCAUCUGGGAAAGAACCCACAGAGAUCUACAGUUCUGCUGCCAAGACAUUACUAAUAGGACUGACAGAUACACGCCAGUGUCUGCAGCGGAGACUCAAGGGACAGCUGUACAUAUGUAAAUGACAAAUAGAGACAUGUUAACAGAAAUGCAUUCAUUUUCCUUGGAAUGUGCAUUGUUUUUAUUUCGCAGGAAAAUAAAAAGCUUGAAGCUCCAUCUUAUGUGGAAAAUGAAUCCUGUUUGUUAGCGUUUGUGGAGUCUCAGCAUUUGUUUCACUUUCACUUCUGUAAUAUACUCUGAUCCUUUGUUUUGUUUUGUUUUAUCUACAUGUAAUAUUUAGCUUACGUGUACUAGUCUAUCACCUGUGUAUUUUUAGGGUGCUACAGAAAUAAUGAAGAAAAAUACGGGGAUUAAAAAAAAUUGUAACCAAAUUCAUACUUUGUACAAUUUUUGAUAUCACGAUCAGAGGGAGAAUUAAAAAAAAAAAAAAGUACAAUCUGAGGUAACACGCAAAAAUGGCCAUUGUCUUUGUUUGUACAUUGUAUGUACAGUACAAUGCAAUCAUUUCAUACUUUAAACUGGUCAGAAAAAAUAAUUGUGAUUUUUAGUCUUGCAAAACUGUAUGUAGUUAGAUGAUGUGACAACCUAAUAUUUAUCUAAUAAAUAUGUAUUCAGAUGAAACCUGUAUAUUAGGUGUUCAUGUGGUUAUUUUGUAUUUAAAGAUCAAAUUAUUUGACUAUUGCUAGACAUUUAUAUACUCUGUUGUAACACUGAAGUAUUCUCAUUUGCUCAUGUUAAAUUUUUUUUCCUAAAUAAAUUUGCAAAAUUAA